CAGGUCUGUCUAGACCUAAUUUAGGAUUUUGUAACUUGGACUAAGACUUGUAACAAUUAGUUUAACCAAGACUUAGACUAGACUAACUGGUAAAUUAGCAACUCGUAAAUUAGCAACUACAUAGUGCAAAAGGGUCUGGGAUCUCGGUGUCAGUCAGUUCACAUCCCAUCAUCAUCCAUCCAAAACUCUCGAAAUCAUGCAAAUUCACAAGCUGCGGUGGGCCCUUACAGGCCUUGUAUCCGUGUCUUCUGCGACCGCGACCCCCAAUCAAACCAAGGGAAUCGAUGUGUUCGAGAUCCAACUUCCGGUCAACUGGAAGACCGCCGUCGCGGACGGGGUGGAGUUUAUCUACGUCAAGGCCACGGAAGGGAUCAACGUUCAAAACCUCCGCUUCCCCUUGCAGACCCAGGGUGCGGUCGCGGCGGGUGUGCUCCAUGGCGCAGUCCACUUCGCAACAGCAGCGGAAAGCAGCGGUGCCGCCCAAGCAGACUUCUUCAUCGAACAUGGAGGAGACUGGACGCCAGAUGGACAGACGCUCCCCGGGGUGCUCGAGAUGGAAGGCAAUAUCGCGGGGAAGCUCUGUCACGGUGGCAUGACGCCCACGGAAAUCACGGACUGGAUGCUCGAUUUCUCCCACACGUACCAGCUGCGGACGGGGCGCGCUCCGAUGCUGUUUCUGUCUGCGAAGUGGUGGGCGCAGUGUGCCGGGAAUAAUGCGACCUUGGGCGCGGAUCAUGCGUUGUGGUUGGCGAAUUGGGCGGAUGAGAUGGGCGCGUUGCCGGUGGGCUGGACGGAGGCUGCGUUCUGGCAGUAUGCAGGGCUGAGUGAGAAUCAGGGCGAGGCCGAUGUAUUUUUUGGCAGUCUUGAGGACUUGGUACGGUUUGCAAUGGGAUGA